AUGGCGUACAAUAAUUCCGUAAGAAAAAGGAAGAAAGAUAUUCAAGAUGCUAAUGGUUUUCAUCGGGAUCAAACCAUUGAUAAGAAGAGUCGGGCUACUAAUAAACUAGAAGAAUCAUUACCUACGUUUAAAGUGUUUAUUGUUUUAUUUUUUAUUAGACUUUUGAAUUCAUUAACUAUAAAGACAUUCUUCCAAGCAGACGAAUAUUAUCAAUGUUUAGAGCCUGCUUAUAACUUUGUUUUUGGAUCUGGUUAUAUAACAUGGGAAUGGGAAGAAGGAAUACGUUCGUCAAUUCAUCCAUUAAUUUAUGCACUAGGUUAUAAGAUGGUCUCCUACGUUCAUUUUGACGAUAAACCUAUAAUUUUGAUACCCAAGGUAAUAGGAGCUUUAAUAGCUUCAAUUGGGGAAGUCUAUUUGUAUAAAUUUUCUAAAAAGUUUACGAAGAAUGAAAAACUAGCUAGGUUGACAUUAAUCUUAUCUUUAUUGAGUCCAUUUAAUUGGUAUAUUAUCACUCGUUCAUUUUCAAAUAGUUUUGAAAUGGUUCUUACUACCAUUGCAUUUACUUACUGGCCGUGGGACAACGUAAUUAGUUAUAAAGAUAUAUCUAUGAGUUGUAUAAUCGCAUUUAUUAGUUGUAUUGUUAGACCUACAAAUGGAAUUAUUUGGCUCUAUUUAGGUAUCAACUUUAUGAUCAAAAAUUACAAGCUUGAGAAGCAACUGGGAAAAUUAAUGAAGUUGAUUUUAAUACUCUCUAUUGAAUUGAUAUUGAUAUUGUUGGUUAAUACGGGUUUAGAUUAUAUAUUCUACGGGAAAACGACAUUCCCUCUAUACAACUUUGUUGAGUUUAAUGUGAUAAGAAACUUGUCAAUAUUUUAUGGAGUUGCACCAUGGCAUUUUUACUUAUUUCAAGGGGUUCCUAUUAUCCUAAUGACUUACUUGCCGUGGCUUCUUCAUUCAGCUAUAGUGUUGAAGAAAUAUAAAUCUCUUCUUGGACAGGUGGCUAUACUUAUGAUUGGAGGGUUUUCAUUAAUCGACCAUAAGGAAAUAAGAUUCAUAUAUCCAUUGCAACCUAUAUUCAUGUUGAUGGUUGCUUAUUCUAUUCAUGAAACUAAACAUAAAUUCCAAAGGCUUUAUAAAUUUCUAGUCCCGGUUAUAAUCAUUCUAAAUUUGAUAAUUGCAAUAUUUUUCACCCAGGUUCAUGAAAGAGGUGUAAUUGAUAUCGUUCAAUAUCUCAGAAACAAUCCAGAUAUUGAAUCCUUUGGAUUUCUUACUCCGUGUCAUUCAACGCCAUGGCAGAGUCAUAUAAACAAUCCUAACUUAGUCAAUAAGUCAUGGUUUCUUACAUGUGAACCCCCAUUGCAUUUAACUACCACAAGCCUAAAAGAAAUAAAGUCAUACAGAGACGAGUCAGAUCAGUUUUACGAUAAUCCAGCCCAAUUCUUAAGCGAACACUUUCAGCUGUUUGCCGAUUCACGAAAUACUGGUGCCAGUAACUGGCCGUCUCGGUUGAUCAUAUUCGAACCAUUAGAAAAUUUCAUGGAUGACUUCUUGCGUGGUUCCAAUUAUUUUGAAUGCGAAAGAUUUUUUAACAGUUAUUUCCAUUGGGACGAUAGGAGAAAAGGCGACAUUAUUGUCUAUUGCCAGAUAUAA